CACACGUUCAGGGCGGAAAGAGGAAAUCGUUGGAGUUGCCAGCCGGGAGGAACUACAGCCGCCGCCGCCUGCAGCAGACAUGUGUGACUUCUCAGAAGAUCAGACCGCAGAGUUCAAGGAGGCUUUCCAGCUUUUUGACAGAACUGGAGAUGGUAAGAUCCUGUAUAGCCAGUGCGGGGAUGUGAUGAGAGCCCUGGGCCAGAAUCCCACCAAUGCAGAAGUCAUGAAAGUUCUGGGGAACCCCAAGAGCGAUGAAAUGAAUGUGAAGACGCUGAGCUUUGAACAGUUCCUGCCCAUGAUGCAAACCAUUGCUAAGAACAAGGACCAGGGAUGCUUUGAGGACUACGUGGAAGGGCUGAGGGUCUUUGACAAAGAAGGCAACGGCACCGUCAUGGGAGCGGAGAUACGCCACGUCCUGGUCACCUUAGGUGAGAAAAUGACGGAGGAAGAAGUGGAGAUGCUUGUGGCCGGCCAUGAAGACAGCAAUGGCUGCAUUAACUACGAAGCAUUUGUGAGACACAUCUUAUCAGGGUGAAUUCAAAUGGGAGUUGGUGCGGAUGGUUCUGAGCGGCUGACAGACACCUCUAGCUUCUCCCAUGAAAACCUCUUCCAGUUUAUCCAUAAAAUGUUUGUGCCUUUUAAAUCUGUGUAUGAAACUAUGUACGGUUUUCCUCUUCUCCAGCCUCUUUAUUCCUUGGGGGAGCUAAGGAAGGAGUGAGGGAAAUGAUCCGAAGGGGGCUCCUCAGAAGGUGCAGCAAAGCAAACCUCUCUGGCUGGCUUGUCUUGCAUCACUUUGUUUCCAGAAGUAUUUGGCUCUUUCUCCCCCUCAAUUGCUUCAAUAAACAGGUCCAAAUAAGUAUC